UUAUAUAUAAUUGAAAGAAUAAUUAUUAUUAAAACGGAUGAAUUCAUAUUUUUGAUAAGAAAUUAAUAUGCUCAAUUAAUAUGAGACUAUCGAAUAAUAAGGAGUAGCUUUGAGCAUGCCUGAAUAUCCCACAUCAUCUGAGAUCUAAGACGUUGUUUUAAAAGAAAAGUAGUCUCAUUUAUCAGACAUGUAAAGUAAUUCAGUAUUAUAAAUAGAUUAUUCCUUCUAAUUAUCAUAUUUUAUUUGAUUGUAGUGAUUGCUUUUUUUGUAGCAUUUGGGAUAUCACAAGAGUUUAGAAGAUUUCUGUUUGACUUUUUUAAUGACAAUUAUAAAAAUGGUAAAUUUUGAUAUUGAUUAUAAAUAAAGAUGUUUAUGGGUUACUGUAUAUUGGAGCUUUUGAAUUUUGUUUGAUAAUAACUGGAUUUGAUAUAUUUUUGAUGGACAUUUUUUUUGGAUUUUUUAUACGACCAUAUUUAACAGCAUUUAGUUUGUUGUUUGCAACUAAAAUGGCUGGAAAGUAAAAUUAAUAAGAAUUUUUAGAUUUUUAUGUUUUGCAUUGGUAAAAUAUUGUUUCAGAGAAGAAAUAUAUUAAGCUUUUAAAGGAAAUAUAUUUUUCAAAACAUUUUAUAUAGCAGCUCAAUUAAACCCAAUAAAAAUAUUAGCAAUUUUGUAGUUGAUCACACUUCCAACAGCAUUUAAGACAUAUGUUGUUGGAGUAUUUGCAAUUAGUACAUUAUAAUACUUAAUGGUUACAUCAAUUAGUAAUUUUUUAUGGACUGGAUUUUGGGUUCAUGUUGGUGUUCAAGCAAAGAAUGUAAAAACAUUUAUAGAGACUGGAAAAUCAUCAGAUAUUAUGCCUUUAUAAGUGUAAAUUAUAAUAUUUUUUGGUGGAAUAGGUGCUCUUGGAUAUUUAUUGAAACUUACUAAUUAAGUUUACUAAAAUAUUGUAUAAGAAGUUCAAAGUUUAGAGAAGGAUAAAAAAUGA